AUGUCCAGUAGUCCAGGCCGCAAACCAACCACACGCUCCUCCACAAACAAGCCCGCAACCCCCACUGCGAAAAAAGCAGCCCCGCCGCCCAGCGACUCGGACGACGACAGCAGCGAGCUAUCUUCCUCCAGCGAGGAGCCCAGCGACGAGAGUUCCGACGACGACUCGGACGAGGAGCUCGAGGACGCAGUGGACCAGGAUGGCGUGGUGAAUGUGCGGGCAAACCGGGGGAAGAAGCCUGUCAUGAAGCUGAAUAAGAAUGAGAUGGGGCCUGAUAUACGUGUUUUCCUCAAGGAGUUCUUGCCGCAGUUGAAGGCUGCGAAUGACGAGUUGGCGGCGCAGAAGAAGGCCGGUACGCUGAAGAGCAUUGAUGCUAUGGAUGGGGUGGAGGGGGGGCAGGGCGCUGCGGAGGUGGAUGAGGAUAAGGAUUAUAUUGAGAUGGAUCUUGGGCUUGGGGUGUUGGAGGUUAAGGAUGAUAGGGAUGGGGAUAAUGACGAUGAGAUGGAUAUUGGCGAGGGGGGGAAAGAGAGGGAUGUUUUGGGGAAGCUUAUGGGGCGGGAGAAGACGGGGAAGCCGGCUGUUGUGCAGGAGAUGGAUACACAGCGCUCGUGA